ACCCUCCCAGUUUUUUUUUUUUCUUCUUCUUGAUCCAGCUUCACACACCUGCUCUGCUCCGCUUGAUGUCUGAAGACUGGUGAGAUGUAAAAAACUACCGGGCAGCGAACUGAUCCAUACGUCGGCGUUUUUUCCUUUUGCUUCUCUAGUUCCUUCAUCGUUUCUCUUCCUCUUCUUCGAAUCUUGAAGGAAGAGAAAAAUCUGCCACCGGGACAUCUUUUUAACAGCUAAAUCCCUGAUCUGUCGCCGCGACCGAGAAUGAGCCGUCGAGCCGCACCGAGUACAUCGUUCAGCCCCACCGAGAUCCCACAUGCAGCAACCACGCAAGGCCAAAACCAAACUGGAAGUGCCAACAGGUUUAUGAAUGAACUACGGAGCAUCCACAAACCAUCCUGGGCUGCAGCUGCCCUUUGCAUCGUCAGCUUGUGCAUGGCCCUGUCGUUCGUUCUUUGCAUCUGGAAGAAGUGCUUGACAAAAAAGGACAAGGACAAAGAAAAAGACAAGAAAAGGGGAAAAGAGAAAAGCAAAGGAGGUUUUGACACUGAAAUGGAUGGGGGUCACGAUGAGCCCCUAAAAGAGGAAACAGACAAAGAAACAGUGCUUUCAAAACGUGAGCCCAAAGAGCACGAGAAGCUCGGCCGACUUCACUUCACGUUAGACUACAACUUUGCGGAAAACACGCUGGUGGUCGGCAUCCUGCAGGCUUCAGAGCUUCCUGCGAUGGAUGUGGGAGGCAGUUCAGACCCUUAUGUGAAACUCUACCUGCUCCCAGACAAGAAGAAGAAGUUUGAAACCAAAGUCCACAGGAAGACACUGGAACCGAACUUCAAUGAGACCUUUACAUUUAAGGUACCAUACACAGACCUGGGCGGAAAGACACUUGUGAUGACGGUGUACGACUUCGACCGGUUCUCAAAGCACGACGCGAUCGGGGCAAUAAAGAUACCGAUGAGCAGUAUGGACUUCAGCCAAUCUCUGGAGGAGUGGAGAGAUCUGCAGAAGGCUGAGAAGGAGGAGAGCGAGCGGCUUGGAGACAUAUGUUUGUCCUUGAGGUUUGUACCGACUGCAGGGAAGCUGACAGUGGUUGUCCUGGAAGCCAAGAACCUGAAGAAAAUGGAUGUGGGCGGAUUAUCCGACCCAUACGUGAAGAUCCACUUAAUGCAGAACGGCAAAAGACUGAAGAAAAAGAAAACUACUAUCAAGAAAAACACUUUGAAUCCUUACUACAAUGAGUCAUUCAGCUUUGAAGUGCCAUCUGAACAAAUAGAGAAGGUGCAAUUAGUUGUAACUGUGCUGGACUAUGAUAAGAUUGGGAAGAACGAUGCCAUUGGGAAGUUGCUGCUGGGGGGUAACAGCACUGGGACUGAGCUGCGUCACUGGUCGGACAUGCUGGAAAACCCACGGCGCCCAAUAGCCCAGUGGCACAGCCUCAAAACAGAGGAUGAAGUCAACCCUUUCAUUUCUAAAAAGAAAUAAACCAGUGUGGGGGAAAAAAAUCAAAUAUUUACUUUAUAGCUUAUUUACUAUUUUUCCUUCAAUUCCAUAUGCAAAUGUUUAGCUAUAUUGACAAUGUAAAUAUUUUUAACCAACAUUUUAUGUUACUGUAUCUUUUUCUCCAAGUUACUUUACUAUACUUCAUCUUAAACCUUAUUUGAAACUACAUAACUAUGUAACGUGCAAUAAACACAAAUUAUUACUUAUCAUGGCCCAUCUGUUCUGUUAACACAGGGGUCACCAACAUGGUGCCCUCAAGCCUAUUUAAAAAAUAGCAC